AUGGAUCGAUUCCGGAUGAUCUUCCAGUACUUCCAGUCCAAUUCAGAGUCAGUGACUAAUGGAAUAUGUGCACUGCUAGCAUUGGCAAGUGUAAAGAUGUACAGCUCCUUUGACUUCCACUGCCCUUGCCUUGCUAAAUACAACAUGGUGUAUGGCUUAGGAAUUAUGUUUAUCCCACCUGUGGCACUUUUCCUCUGUGGUCUCAUUGUCAACAGACAGUUUGUGGUGAUGCUUGAGGAGUGGAAAAGACCUACUGGGGACAGGAAGAAGAAUCUAGCCAUUAUCAGGUACAUGUGUUCCUCCGUUCUGCAACGGGCCAUGAUUGCACCUGUUGUUUGGAUCCUUGUCACCCUGCUCGAUGGAAAAUGCUUUGUCUGUGCUUUCAGCAGUUCUGUUGACCCUGAUAAGUUUCCAGGUUUUGUCACCAACUCCACACCUUAUUAUGAGGUACAGCGCUUGCUGUCCAAGGUCCCAUGCAAGGAUGAUGAACUCAUAAGGAACAAUACUUCCCGCAAGGCUGUGUCCAGGUACCUCAAAUGCUGGUCACAGGCUUUUGGAUGGAGCAUACUGCUGGCCCUUAUAGUGAUCGCCUUCCUUGCCCGCUCUCUCAGGCCCUGCUUCAACCAGGCUACCUUCUUGCAGACUCGCUACUGGAGCAACUACAUUGAUAUUGAACAAAAGAUUUUUGAUGAAACCUGCUGUGAGCAUACCCGGGACUUUGCACACAAGUGCAUCCUCCACUUCUUUGAGAGCAUGCAGAAAGAAAUUAAACGAAGGCGGUUCCAUGCCCACCCAGGAAAAGAGGAGGGGAAGGAAGGGGAGAAGCAUCACUUGCAAGGAAUCAGCAGCCAGGAGCAAGUGAACAAGCUUCUUCAGUCAUGGUGCUACAGCAAACCUCCCCUGGAUUUGAGCGGAGCGGAGCUACACAGAGGCAACCCCUGGGCACAGAGGGAAUAUCUAGGCAGUAUGAUUAACAGGUGGCAUCCCGAGCCAGGGACCACAAUUACAAGGCAAACAGACGUUUAG